UCGCACACGAAGAUGCAAGUCGAGGGAAUGCGUGCGAGUGUUGUCAAAUGGCGAUGAAGCCCCAAGUGGAGAUUGUGCAUAACCCAUUCAUUUAUGUCCAUCACGCGAACCUGUCAGAUUCGGACGACGUGAUUUUACUUUUCUCCGACAACCGGGAAAUUUGUCCGAGAAUCCGUGGUAAAAUGUAAAGGCCCUCUUGGCUGAUGCCACCCAUCAUCGACUGCAUUGGAUUUGGAAUCACGCAGAUUUGGGAUCCGUCUAUACGGUGUCAUGAUGCAGUUCGAUGCCUCCCACAAUAGACGGGAUAAAAAUCUCACAUUGCUUCUACGGCAAAGAUGGAGACUACAUGUACACUCCGCCGCAUACUAAGAGGCUCGCAGGGAGACACAAAGAUGAUUAUGUGCGGCCUGGAUAAGGAGAGCUUGCUCUGGAGGGGAGGGGAGAGGAGAGGGGAGGGGAGAGUCAACGCAAAAUCUGCGGGUGUGAAGUUUGAAGGGAGGCGAGCAAGCAAAGAAGACAACUGUACAAAUAGAUCUCUCGCGGGGUACUGUUUGUUCAGAGCAGCACCUUCAUCCACCUCUGGCUCACAAUCUGCGCAAGCCUGCUUGCUCGCAGCUUGCCCUUGACUGCCAGCCUG